AGCAUGAUGUAUAUAAAGAAAAAAUGCUUUUGUUUUUUUUCAUAAAAUUUUCAAUACUCUGAGUUGGCACUUACAAUGAAAAUGAAGUCGUCUACAAUUUGGACGUGCGCAUCAGUUUUGCUGUUUGUUCAGUUGAUCGACUGUAGAAAAGAUUCGAUACUCUCUAGUUUUGUGGAGAAAUUUAAGAAAAAGGCGCUUAAAAAUGAAGUCAAUGUGGGAUCGUCGUUGGAUUUCGUUGUCCAAUUUUCUAACACCAUUGACAAAGUUAACAAAAAACUUGAAGUUCGUGCUCACGAAUUUAUGAAUAACAAAAAGCUGGAACAAAUAAUACUAAGAAUUCCAAGUGACUUGACAGUUAUGGUUUUUGAUCCCAUUGAGGCAAAUGCACGCGAAGUCAUUCAAAACUCAGUUACUUUAAUAAAUCGCGCACUAAAAGUCAAUAUACCGAAUGCCAAGAACAAAGUUCGAUCCGAGAUUUCAUUCAGACCAUCCAUACGGUACGAUAAAGUUCUUGAAAAAUGGAGCAAAGUAUGGGAAUAUGAUCCAAAAGAUUCAACGAAAUAUUGAAAUCAAUGGAAGAAUCAGAGGCUGGCGUUCAAAAAUAUUUAGGAAUUAUUAAUACGGAAUUUGGUAAACUUUUGAAACUUGAUUCGAAAAAACAUGACGCUGACAAGGCAAAGGAAAUUAUUGUUAGCUUACAACCAACUCUGGACACACUAUUUAAACAACAAAAUCUAGUCAUUGAAAACCUUGAAGGUCUGAAAAAUAUUUUAGCAGAGUAUAAUCGAAAUCGCAUCGCAUGUGUUGAAUUUGCGAUGGCAAUGCGAGAGACACAUACAUCAGAACGAACAGAAUCGAUGAGUGUGUCACGUAUCACAGACUAUUUUCCAAAUACUAGUAAGAUAACAUGUCUUAUUCCCCAUACUAAGCAGUAGCUUUAGCAGAAAUGUACUAUUUCAAAUUUAAAAUUGUUUUUUAAUUUUCGUCAU